AUGGUACGGCCACGAGCUAGCAUCUGGCCGCCCAUAUACGACAUUUUUUACCACAUGCACGAAUUCCAUGCAUCAUUAUCACCACAACGCACACUUCGCGAGCGCUCUAGCAAGAGGCGUCCGCGGUCUGAUCUAAUUGCCUCCAUUGCUCGUGGCGGCACUCAUCCCCAGUACUACUGGUACUACUGCUUGUCCGUAUGGUCGGUUGCUCACUUGGCUCGCAAAGAAAGUAGUGCUAUCAAACUGGGUAAAUCCGAUGUUUUUCUAUUCCUCGACGCUGACUACGAGUUCAACGCAAAGAUUCUCCUCAAUCAUGGCGCAAAGUGCCACAAGUUGGCUAUUACCCCGCAAAAGGUGCCGUGGGCCCGCCUGCCACCUCGCGUAUGGGACACCGCCUCCCUCAUCAGGGCCGAGGUGCUUCCUGAGCUGGUGGACGAUGCCUUCCUCGGCUUUGCCGUUGCUAAGUUUCCUUUACUUCUGGACAAUGCGAAGCAGUUUUUUUAUAAUUCGAGUCUGUAG